UAUAAAAAGGCUGCGGAGAGCUGUCCAAGUCAGACGCGCCUCUGCAUCUGCGCUGGGACCGGGAGAGCCAGGGCGCCCGGGCUCCGCUGCGCUCCAGACGCCCCCGCCGCGCGCCGCUCGCGGACUCCGCCGCUGCCUUCUCGCCCGGCAGAAACCCACUUUUUCUCCCCAGUAAAGGGCACUGAGGCUGAAGGAUCACUUUGAAAUCCGCAUAGCCGAGCGCUGUGAGAGAACGGACGCUGUUUUUCUUCAUUCUUUCUUUGCAGAGGAGGAUUUUGAUCCCCUUUUCAGCAUGGAUUGUAUCCCGGUGAUUUUCUCUCUGCUGUUCGUGGCUUUCCAAGGAGCUCCAGAAACAGCGGUCUUGGGCGCCGAGCUCAGCACCGGGGACGGUCGUGGAGGGGAGCAGCCCCCUCCCAGUGCACCCUGGAGGCCCCGCCGGACCAAGCGCUGCUCCUGCUCUUCUUUGAUGGAUAAGGAGUGUGUUUACUUCUGCCACCUCGACAUCAUCUGGGUCAACACUCCCGAGCACAUUGUUCCAUAUGGACUUGGAAGCCCUUCGAGGUCCAAGAGAUCCUUAAAGGAUUUAUUUCCAACAAAGGCAGCAGAUCACAAGAAUAGAUGCCAAUGUACUAGCCAAAAAGACAAGAAGUGCUGGAAUUUUUGCCAAGCAGGAAAAGGACUCAGGGGCCAGGACACUAUGGAGAAAGGCUGGAGUAGCCAAAGGAAAGGAAAAGACUGUUCCAAGCUUGGGGAAAAGUGUAUUCAUCAGAAGCUAGUGGAAGGCAGAAAGAUAAGAAGGUUGGAGGCCAUCAGCAACAACAUCAAAACAUCUUUUCGUGUUGCAAAGCUGAAAGCCGAGCUGCGCAGAGGGAAGAAAGUGGCCCACAACAGAACGCACUGAUGACACGUCUGGCCCUUCUGCAGCCUCGUCCUUCAUGGAGACCGAGUGGCUGACUAUGCACUCUCUCCACACUGACGGCAAUCAGAGCAACAGCGUCCUCCCUGCUUAGACCAUUUCUUGUUCUAGACUGCAGAGGACCAGCGUCCUCACUCUAAACAUUCCAGGAAAGUUAGAGUCCCCUGCAACCUGACUUCAUUUGCUUGUAACCGCUUUUGUCUCUCCUGAUUGGGGAUGACAGACAACUCAGAGAGAGCAGAGAGAGAGACACUGUGACCUACAAAUUUGGGUGGUAUCCUCCUGAGGGAGGAAUGGAGAUUCCGUAUGCAGCAGAGUUCCAAAGCGGGUGUUUGUGUCUCAGACAGGCGCCCAGCACAUUUCAGGGAGAAAUUCUCAAGUCCCUGCAAAGAAUUUCUAAGGAAUGCACAAAUUGAAAACAUACUCGAAGGACAAACAGUCAAGUAGAAAAAAAAAUGACUUUGUUUUCAAAUUCACAAAAUGAAAAAUUGAAACUCUUACUACUGUAAAUCAGGAUGUGUCUCAUGACUAUGCGUCUACCUCACCUAUAUUGCACUCCAGCAGAAGUAUUUUUCCACCUUUAAUUAUUGCCUCCCCAAGUUCUUCUCCCUUCUGCCACCUCCUCCCUAAACCUAGCCUCAGAGAAGUCUGGUCUCAUGUGUCAGUAGUUGAUAAUGCAUUUUCAUUGUAAUCUACUAGCUUUGAUCCAUAAGAAAAAAAGAUCAUUGAAUCAGGAGAUUCCCUUACCUGCUUUUUGGAAAUACAAUGGUAUAGGGUUGUUUCUGGAAGACACUGAAAAGUAAAUGUUGGUUAUGCUUUAAAGCAGUAAAAUUAUGUUUUUUGUGUAACUGGCUAUGGAAGAGGUUGGAUUAAAUUUUUAUGUACUUAUAUUUUUAUAGAUAUUUAUAUUCAGACAAUUUAUUCCUUAUAUUUACCAUGUUAAAUAUAUGUUUGGCAGGCCAUAUUGGUCUAUGUAUUUUUUUAACUGUAUUUCUGAAUGAAAUUGAGAAAAUGCUUUGUUUUGCCUAUCAAGGUAAUGACUUUAGAAAAUAAAUAUUU